GACGAUGUCGUCAUAUAUGAAUAUCGAGCAAAUCCCUGUUGAGGCAGUGCGGUGGUUUUAUCACCAUGGAUCUUCAAUGCGCAACAUCUGGAAGCCUUUCUGUGGUGCUGAUUCGAUAAAAGUAGAAAAAGCAUUUAGGGAACUUCAAACCGACACAGCCACUGCUCCUACCUCGAAAAUUAUCGUCCGUGGUGAUUUGUUCGAAGUCGAUAUAACGACCAAAAUGUGUUCACCGAUAUUUUGGACUGGUCAUAAGAAGUCGAUUCAUUCUCGUAGGUGUGAUUGGUGCAGCACUCCCAUUCAAAGGGGCAUUUGGUUCAACAAAAUUAAUUGGGUUCCUCUUGAUUUUGAAUUGGCCUUCAUCAUCGAGGCGGAACACGUGAAUUGUGUAAUUCCAACGCUGAGUGAACGAAUUGCGGAUAAGAAGGUAAAGCGCACACUUCAUAAGUUUUCUCACGGCGCCUUUUCCGUUGAAUGGACGUCCAGUGGCGAUGUUUACUUAAUCACGCGGGCAGCAAACCCUUUUGGAAACGUGAAGUUACAUGGCGGGUUGAGUAGCGUCCCAAUUAAUCGAGGCUACCACAUCCUGGCUGAUCCGAACGAUGGCCCAAUUCCAAUCACUCAGCUUUGCUUCGUGGUGCAUGGAAUCGGACAGCAGUUAGCCAGCAUUCGCCACGAAUGUGCCAAAUUCCGCAUGACGUGCAAGAGAAUAAUGCGGAAACGGUAUCCGAACCUUGCACAAGCUGGACAGCGUCUGGAAUUCAUUCCGGUCGAUUGGCGCUCCACGCUGAAUUUGAACUUCGCCACACUGGAGAACAUCACCGUCGGCCAAAUGCGACCUUUACGAAUGUACAUCAACAACUGUUUCAUUGAUGUUCUCUACUACACCAGCCCUGUGUAUCGAGUGGAGAUUAUGAAAAGCCUCAGUUGGGAGCUAACACGCCUAUUCAAUCUGUUCAUGCGCAAUAAUCCUCACUUUUUGCAAAAAGGCGGACAAGUAUCCGUGCUCGCACAUUCACUGGGCACGGUGAUUAUGCAUGACAUCUUGUGUGCCUCCAACCAAUCUUUACCACUUCUCAGUCCUGCGCUACCUUGUUCAGAGGAGGAUGCAACAGCGUCACAUGUAUCAGCUAUAGCCCAAAACAUUGAGAAGGCUCGUUUUGACUUGUUGAAUAUGGAGCUUCAGCUGAUGCGCGAGAUAUCCUUAGACUCUCCCUCAUCCGGUUCAAACGGUGAUUCCACAUUUUUGUCAAACAUUCGGAAACCGCAAUCGUGGAUUACCUUGCCACAGCUUUCGCAUUUGUUCAUGAUCGGCUCUCCACUCGGACUGUUUAUUUCACUCAACAGCGUCCCUGCGAAAUACCAUUUUUCACAGCAGGUCUCUUCUUCUGCCUCUGUUCAACCAGUCGUCUCCACACCCCACAGCAAACGACGUACCAGACACCAUAGUCAUUCCGAGCGAAUAUCGACUGCAAGUCCCGUCGAAACCCCUGAAAAAGAGGCUCUUGAUUUGGGACAAACUGAUCCCGAUGUUCUGAUUCCUUAUUUCGCGUGCCGCCGUAUCUACAACAUUUUUCACUCCUACGACCCCAUCGCAUACCGACUGGAGCCGUUGCUGCUCCGGCACUAUUCCCAUGUCAACCCGGUUGUGCUCCCCACUGUGAACAGUUUCUUCAAGGAAAAACACAGGCGACCCAGCACUGCAUCGUCAUCGAUGCGUCUCGGAUCUUCGCAUCCAAACUCCUCCUCUUUAGCCGAUUUGUCUAUCCUCGAAUCGACGAAUUCCCACAUGAACGAAGAGUACGAAUCGAGCACUGGGACUUCGGAGGAGGAAAGUCGCAUGUCAGAAGCGGAUUAUCCUAGAAAACUGUACAAACGACUCAGCAUCACCAGCGAUCGUCAGGUGUACAGGCAACACGAUUCUCGUACAUUCAAAAUCUUCAGCAAGUUGGUUACUCGACGUUCGUCGCACGUGACCACCUUGGGACCGCCGCUACAUCUACAAAAUUCGGAACCCGCGGAGACCGAGAAACGUUUGCGAUAUCGAGUGGAUUACGAGUGGCAAAAAUCAUUCUCUCCCCUGGCCGUGCUCGGGGCACAUCACAGCUAUUGGAACAGCCGCGAAUUGGCGUUUUUCCUGUUGUAUCAAAUAUUCGGUCACCCGGACAGUGUGUCCUAACCCUGUUUUCUGGUGUUUAUUGAACGAUCUUUUACUCGUAUGGUCCAUUGAUACUUGCCUCUUCUGAGGCCUCAUCCAUAAUUGAAGAGUAUUCAUCGUUUCUCGAGCCUUGUUGAAUGUAUGAUCCUGUUCUUUCUUGAUAACGUACGUCAGAGCACUGUUGAUUACAUACUUCCAUGAUGAUCAUGGUUGCUGCGAUGGCUAGAAAUGCCAAAAAUCUCAUCGCAUGGUCGGCGC